CUUUGAUCAGGACUGGAGAGCAAGCUGAGCAUACCGUAGCUAGCGCCUUGGCGUCCCGAUAUGCAAAGAAUCAUCCUUUGCCUGCAUCAUGAUGUCCCGGGUGUUACAUACCGGUAUUCUGCAGGAAAGGUAUCUGUCAAGCUGAAGAGUGGGGGGCGACAUUACUUCUCCACAUUGCUCGUUAGCAACUUUGGGCCCCAGGUGGAGGCAGGUGGUGUCACCAGGACAUGCAGUAAGAGAUUCCUUGUUUCGGACCGGUUAGCCGUGCAGCGACAAUGGCUCUCGACAUACUGGACCCUGAUCACCAAGAGGACGAGGAUUCUGAAGAUGAAGACGAAGCACCGGCAAUCGUGAUGUUCCCCUGGGGGGAGCUCCGCCACGAGCGGCGCGAUGGGUCGACCACUUUCCGCCACUUCAAGAGCUUUGUGCGCCUGGGGGACACGUUCAAGCUGGGCGACGUGUGCCUGCUCGACAGCAACGACGAGAACGUGCCCCAUUUUAUUGGCAAACUGGUGGACUUGUGGGACGAGGGGCCGGGCACGCAGCAGUGGUGCAACGUGCGCUGGUUCUUCCGGCCAAACGCUGAUGUCAGCGCGGACGCGCAGGGGCUGCGAGAAUGGCGGCGCGCGUUGCGGGAGCUGCCGCUGCACAAGCGGGCGCACAAGGAGAAGCAGGUGUUCAUCUCGUACAAUGAGCGGCAAAGCGAUAUGAGCGGGGUUGAGGACGAGAACGAGCUGCAAACCAUCAUCCGCAAGGUGAACAUGGUCUGCACAGGCCGGCACCCCCGCUGCCGCGAUCCGUCAACGGCAGAGGUGGCGGGCUGCGAGCACUGGUUCAACAGCUCCUACUGCGCCAGCCCGGGACUGCUGGUCAACAGCCUCACCGGGGUGCUCAGAACGCUGUCAGCGGAACUGCUUUUCAACAACCAGUACCUUCCCCCUCCCGCUCCGGGGGCCCCCGAACCGCCCCCGUCUCAAGCGCCGUCCGAUCCUGCCGCGGCCCGUCCCGCAGAGGGCGUCCUGCGGCCGUCCAACUACAAGGCCAGCGGCAAGGCCAAGCGCUACGCCUCGGACAGUGACAGCGGUGACUCCGACACCCCCCUGGCAACGAUAAAACCCGCUAAGAAAGUUGCGCGCCCAUUGGGUGAUCCCGCGAAGUCGAAAGUCGGCGCGAGCGGUUCCGGGGGCGAGGCCAGAGUAAAGCCGGCCAGUGGGGGGGUUGCCGAAGGCAACGCGAAGGAGGGGGGGAGUGCGUCAGUCAAAGUAGAGGACGGGGCGAAGGGUGUGGGGCUGAGCCAGCCUCCCAAGCUGGGGAAGACGACGGUGGAAGGGGGGGAGAAAGUGGAAAAGAAACCGAAGUUGCUGACAAAGGUACGAGAAGAGGGGGCCAGUGCGCGUCCGGUCAGUAAAGAAGGGAAGGAAGGGAAGGACUCGAAGCAAGUAUAUGAAAAGCUCCUGGAAGAGAGGCGAGCGCUUCUUGGAAAGAAGGGGUCUCCGUCAGAAGUGAAAGAAGCGAAGGCGAGGACGAGUUUGGACGCGGAUCUUGCGAAGAAGGUCGCGUUGGGGCUGCGUGCGAGAGAAAAGGAGGGGAGCGUUUUGGGGAAGAGGCCGGCGGAAGAGCGGGUGGUGCCGAAGGGAAGUAGCGGGACUGCCGGGGGUGCACAGAAGGUGGGGGAGACCGAGCGGCCUGCGAAAGUUCAAAAGGUCGGGGAAGGGGCGAGGCCUUUGAAAUUUGUCGGGGAUGUAGACCGGCUGAAGAAGGAGCCGAGCAAGGGGGUUCCGGAACGACCGCUGAAGAUCCAAAAGCCGGGAGACACCAAGGCGAAGCCCCCGGCGCCUGAGAAGGAUUUGGAACGACCGGUGAAGACACAUAAGCCGGAAGAUGUUCAGGGAAAGCGGCCAGCGCUCGCAAAGGGAUCAGAGCCGGGUUUGGGCGGCAUUGUGCAAAAGAAGCUAGGGUUGAAAAAGCCUGACGCGAAGGGGGGGGUGACAGUGAAGAAGAAGGCGGGCCCCAAGCUGACGGAGCGGGAGCAAAAGGCGGAGCUGCUGAGGGGCCUGGACGCGCCUCCCCCCCCAAAACGGAAAGAGCCGGUGCUGGAGAGUGCGAGCGACAGCAGCGACAGCGAAACGAGCAGCAGCGAAGACGAGCGGCCGAUAAAAGGGGGGGCGCAGAAGGUGCUGACGAAACAGGGGUCGGGGUCGGGGAGACCGGAGGGUGGGGCGGUGAAGGAUGGUGAUGCCCUCAAGAAGGGCGAUCUGUUGAAGAAGAGCGACUCGCUGAAGAAGAGUGACCCCUUGAAGAAGAGCGAGGCGUUGCAGAAGAGCGAUUUGUUGAAGAAAGGCGACAGUUUGGUCAAGAGCUCUUCCUUGGACAAGACUGGAGCUCUGCAGAAGAGCGACUCUCUGAAGAAGAGCGAUUCCUUCAAGAAGAGCGACCCUCUAACCAGGAACGAUUCAUUGAAAAAGAGUGACUCCUUCAAAGGCGCCGGCGCUGCCCCCCCAAAACGACCGGACACGCCAAAAUCCGGGGCCCCCGGAGCACCCCCCAAAAAGCCGGAGAUUCAGAAACAGGGGUCUGGAAAACGGCCGGCGGUCCCCCCCAUGGAGGACAAUCCUUUGCAGAAAAUCUUGAGCGGGAUGACGUCGACGUUCCGGAGCAACGGCCCUUCGUAUGAGGAGAACGAUGAAGCGUUCCGGCCGACCAAGGUCAAGUGGGCGGACCCCCUGGUGCACGUGCGAUACUUCCAGGAGUCGCCGCACGGCACCCCGGAGGGUGCCGGAAGCGGCGCCUACGCGGACCUUCCCGGCGGCGACUUCCUCACCAAGCGUUACCGGCAGCAACACGGGGAGGUCAAGAAGGAGGAGCUUCUCCGCGUCAAAGACGAGCUGCGCCGCCUCGAAGAGCGCGACUUCCAGGAGUCACCGGGCGCCCCGGCCGACGACUGGCUGCCUGCGGCGACCCGCUUCAGCGAAGAACCGGCGCAGAUGCUUUCUGGGGGGGUGAAUCUGGCUGGCUGGGAGGCAGGGGUUUCUGUGCAGAAGGCGGAGGAUGGGGAGGGUUUGGCUUCGAGCAGCGGAACCGAUGCUGCUCCGAAGGGUGCGUCAUUGUUGGAGGCAAGGAAGCCCUCCGCCGAGAUCGCCCACGUGGCAAAGGGAUCCCACCGGCCGCGCUCCCCGCUGGGGAUGCCCCCCGGGGGUUCCGUCCAGGGGGCAGACGGAACGGACCGGAAGCCGUCUCCGUCCCGCUUAACAGUGCCUCCGCCGGAACGGAAAGCAUCCCCUUCUCCUCUGGGAGACGCACAGGCAGAUCGCAAACCCUCUCCAUCUGCCGUGGCGAACACGCAGGCAGAGCAUAAACCGUCCCCCUCCCUUCCAAAUACUGCACAGUCGGAGCGAAAAAUGUCAUCAUCCGCGCCAGCUGUCACACAGCCUGAGAAGAGAACUGCUCCUUCGCUCGGAGUCAACGUACCAGAGAAACAAUCUCCUCAACCGUUCGAGACAGGACCCUCAGAACGAAUACCAUCCCCUUCGCCUUUAGGACCGCCCCCCGGGGCAGGCCCCCCCCCGCCUCCCCCUCCCCCCAGGGAGGCAGCUCCCGCACCCCCCCAGAAAGAAGUCGCGGUCGCACCCCCCCGAAAAGCAGUCGCAGUCGCACCCCCUCAGAAAGAAGUUGUGGCUGCGAAGAAGCCCCUUCCGCAGAAGCAGGCCAGCUUUGACGAGGCGAUGCGGACUCAGAUGGGGAAAGCGGAGCAGGAGCGUCGGGAGUUGGCCGAGAUGUUUGCGCGGGAGAAGAAGAAGGUGGAGGAUCAAGUGGAGCGCACGCGGGAGCUGGCGGGGAACACGUACCACCCCACCAUGCGCAAGAGUGCCAUAUCCGAGGAGAAGGCAGCAGCAGAGCGGAAGCGCCGUGCGCUGCUCGAGAAGCUGGAGCAGAAGCGGGUGCUCCAGCUGGACAACCUCGCGCCCGGCAGCAGCCCCCGCCAGCUCCUGCGGAGCCUGGCCGGCGUGUUCCCCGGGCUGGAAGACGUGGAGGUGCUGCCGUCGCUCCGGGCGGAGCCCCACGUGGCAGCGUCGGCGCUCGCCAUAUUUGACAUGCGAGAGAGCGCGGCGGCAGCGGCCCUGAAGCUCCGGAAGUACCUGAUUUGCGUGGGGGAUCCCCCGAGACCGGUCCUGGGCCGCCGGGUCCAGCCUAUGGAGAUCAAGAACAAGUUUGCGGGGCCCAUCAGCAUCGGACGACCCGAGAGCAACAGCCACUACCAGGAUAAGAUCAACGCGAUCGCGGUGGCGCACGCGUCGCAGCCCAACACGGUCGAGUUCGAGUUCGGCGCGGAGUGGCGGCUGCUGCAGCUGCGGCACGCCGAGCAGGACCGCCUGCUCGCGCAGAUACACGCGAAGCAGAUAGAGGAGCUCGAGACCAAGUACCAGGAGGAGCGGAAGAAGCUGGGGCUUGAUCCUGCUUCACAGGGACUUCAACAAAUUUAGGGAGACUUGCAGACGCGGAGGAAAACCAGGCAGAUGCAGCGGCACGCGGAUCCUGAAAGAGGAUCAUUAUCUCAACGUCGAAGCUUGAGUCGCACCAUAUGUCAAGGGUAGAGCACCAGAUUGUGUACUUUCCGUGCAGCCCUGGUUGUUGAAGGAAGGUACAGAAGGAAGUUCCCUGCAGCAUCAGAAACCCCUCAAUCAGUCCUUAGCGUCCAAGUCGAAGACAGCCCGAAGGUGUGAUUCGCAGAUUGAAACUGUCGUGUACAUUGAAGUCAUCGUGUAUUUUACGUUUUGACGGAGACUGAUCCUUUGUUGGAGAACAACGGCGAUCGAGACAUGUCAGUGUCACGCUCAAAAACAUGAUAUACUUCAGGUGGCUGAUCGAAGUGCCGACGAGACUAUCACAGUUCGAUGCACACAAGUAUCUGCACAUCGAGGGUCAUUCCCGAUUGUCUCUGAAUACAAUUCCUGCAGAGAGAGCGCAGCUUGCGCGGGUUCC